AUUAUAAAUAAAUAUAUCAAAUCUCCCUCCCUGCAUUCCAUUUUCCACAAUUAUCAGUAUUAUUAUCAUUUAUCAUUGGAUUAAUUACUUAAUUUCUCUCAUGCGACAAUGGAGCACCAAGAAGGAGGAGAACUCGGGAUCAAAAUACAGAACGACCAACCCUUUCCGGCGGAGGCACCGACGGGAGGCCGGAAGAAGCGGACGGUGGCGGCCGGGGUACAGAAAACACUCUCGAAGACAUCGCUGCUGGUGAACUUCCUCCCGACGGGGACGCUACUGACGUUCGAGAUGGUCCUCCCCAGCGUGUACGNAUUAUCAGUAUUAUUAUCAUUUAUCAUUGGAUUAAUUACUUAAUUUCUCUCAUGCGACAAUGGAGCACCAAGAAGGAGGAGAACUCGGGAUCAAAAUACAGAACGACCAACCCUUUCCGGCGGAGGCACCGACGGGAGGCCGGAAGAAGCGGACGGUGGCGGCCGGGGUACAGAAAACACUCUCGAAGACAUCGCUGCUGGUGAACUUCCUCCCGACGGGGACGCUACUGACGUUCGAGAUGGUCCUCCCCAGCGUGUACGGCAAGGGGCAGUGCUCCUCCGUGAGCACCACCAUGAUCCUCGUCCUCCUCGCCAUGUGCGCCCUCUCCUGCUUCUUCUUCCACUUCACUGACAGCUUCCGCGGCGGCCCCGAUGGCCGGAAAGUCUACUACGGCUUCGUCACCCCCCGGGGGCUGGCAGUGUUCAAGAGCGACCCGGGGGUGGAAGUCCCAAAGGACGACCGGUACAAGGUCGGGGUCACCGACUUCGUGCACGCCGUGAUGUCCGUGGUGGUUUUCGCGGCGAUCGCAUUCUCUGACCACCGCGUGACGGACUGCCUGUUCCCCGGCCAUGGGAAGGAGAUGGAUGAAGUGAUGCAGAGCUUCCCGUUGAUGGUGGGGAUAAUUUGCAGUGGACUGUUUCUCGUCUUCCCCAACACUAGAUAUGGUGUUGGUUGCUUGUCCGCCUAAUCAUAUGAUGCAAUAAUAAUAAUAAUAUGCCUAAUUGUUUCUAGUGUUUCUGGUACGCGUAAAACUGUUUCUAAUUGUAUUUUGU